CAUAUACACACUAAAUAGAGGAAAAGAAAAGGGGGGAAGGAAGAGGAGUCCUGGUGGGGGAUAAUAAAAAAAAAAAAAGUGAGGAAGCGAUCUCCUUCACACACACGCCCUCUCUCUCUCUCUCACUGCUUCGUCCAAAAUCACGUUUUAAUGACUCUCACAUUUUACUCCUCCGCCGCAACCGUUGCUUCCUCGCCUAGGGUUCCGUUUCACCCUCUCGCUUCUCCGGCUCGUCGCGGCUUCGUGUCCUUCAGAUUAACCGCCAAGAAGCUGCCUCUUCGUUCACAUGGCGCAUCGUCGCUGAGUGUGAGAGCGAUGUCCGAGCUCGUUCAGGAUAAGGAAUCUGUCGUCGCGGCUAGCACUUCUUUCACUGAGAGUAGUAAUACGAGGGCGAGUGAGCUCAACCAUUCCCGUACCUUCUUGGAUGCGCGAACUGAAGAAGAUCUUAUUUCUGGUAUAAACAAGGAAAAAGAAGCUGGAAGGUUGCCUCCCAAUGUUGCAUCAGGGAUGGAAGAAUUGUAUUGGAACUACAAAAAUGCCGUUUUAAGUAGCGGAGCUCCAGGGGCAGAUAAGACUGUUAUAUCAAACAUGUCUGUUGCUUUCGAUCGCAUGCUUCUUGGUGUCGAGGAUCCUUAUACUUUUAAUCCGUAUCAUAAAGCUGUGAGAGAACCAUUUGACUACUACCAGUUUGUCCAUAUGUACAUCAGUCCCCUUAUUGAUUUCAAAAACUCUUACGUUGGAAAUGUUUCUAUUUUCUCCGAGCUGGAAGAUAAGCUUCGGCAGGGACACAAUGUCGUGUUAAUAUCAAAUCAUCAAAGUGAAGCUGAUCCAGCUGUCAUUUCCUUGUUACUUGAAGCGCAAUGUCCAUACAUAGGCGAGAACAUUAAAUGUGUGGCUGGUGAUCGAGUCAUCACUGAUCCUCUUUGUAAGCCGUUUAGUAUGGGAAGGUACCGUAUCACAACCUUUCUUUUGACAAUGACUUCCGGGAUUCCUUCUGCUUUCAGGAAUCUCAUAUGUGUCUACUCGAAAAAGCACAUGAACGAUGAUCCUGAGCUUGUUGAUAUGAAACGAAAAGCAAACACACGAAGCUUAAAGGAGAUGGCUACAUUGCUAAGGUCUGGCUCCCAACUAAUAUGGAUUGCACCAAGCGGUGGAAGGGACCGCCCGGAUCCUUCUACUGGGGAAUGGUUUCCUGCACCCUUUGAUGCUUCUUCGGUGGACAACAUGAGAAGACUAGUUGAACAUUCUGGUGCUCCUGGACAUAUCUAUCCAAUGUCUUUGCUUUGCUAUGACAUAAUGCCUCCUCCACCCAAAGUUGAGAAAGAAAUUGGAGAGAAAAGAUUAGUUGGGUACCAUGGUACCGGACUAUCAAUUGCUCCUGAAAUCAGCUUCUCAGAUGUAACGGCAGACUGCAGCAACCCGAAUGAGGCGAAAGAAGCAUACAGCCAAGCUCUGUACAAGUCGGUGGAUGAACAAUACAAGACUCUGAACUCUGCAAUCAAUCACAGAAGAGGAAUAGAAGCAUCAACUUCAACAGUAUCUUUGUCACAACCCUGGAAUUAAGCUCUCAAGUUGUUCGGGAUACACAAACAAAUGCAGAUAUAAUCACACGUUGUCGUAAGGGAAGUUACUUCACUAUCUUCAGAAAAUAUAUUACGAAGCCUCUCUCCCUGAUGAAACAAAGAAACAGUUACCAUCUUGGUUUCUAACGUGGGAACAAAAGUUGGGUUUGUGUACAUAUGAAUAGUGAGAGACGACAUGCACUCUUCCUAGGCUCAUUUUAGAUCAUCACAUAUACUUUCUUCAUAUGUAAUAUUCUUUUUUUUUUCUGCUCUCGACUAUAUUGAGCCUGAUGAAUAAUUCAUUUUUUUUUUUUGCUUC